AUGUCCAAUUGUUAUUGGCACAAGAAACUCGACGAGGAAUCUUCGUACUUGUGCACAUUCAACACGCCUUUCGGGAGACACAAGUUCGAUAGAAUGCCUUUUGGAAUUUCUGUAGCUGCUGAUGUAGCACAGAAAAUGGUUGAUGAUAAUUUCAGUGACAUUCCUGGAGUUUUAGCGGUACACGAUGACAUCAUCAUCGCAGGGAGCGACAAGGCGGAGCACGACGAAGCUCUGAGCCGUGUGUUACUACGCGCAAGGGAACGUAACAUCAGGUUUAACCGUGACAAGAUCCAACUACGCGUGAAUCAAGUCAAAUAUCUUGGAAAUAUUGUCACAGCCGACGGAUUUAAACCUGACCCAGAGAAAAUAAAGGCAAUUAAGGAAAUGCCACAACCGGAAACCAAACAAGAUCUACAACGAUUACUUGGCAUGGUCAAUUACCUGUCACAAUACAUACCGAAUAUGUCAGAAAUCACGGCACCUUUGAGGUCACUUCUAAAGGAGAACGCACAAUGGGUUUGGUAUAACGAACACAAACAAGCAGUGGAUAAGAUAAAAGAAGCGCUAACAAAUAGCCCAGUACUACGCUAUUUUGACAUCAAUGAAGAAAUAGUUAUACAAUGUGACGCCUCACAAAACGGAAUGGGAGGAUGUUUGAUUCAGGAGGGACACCCUGUAAUUUACGCUUCACGAUCACUCACGGAUGCUGAGAGAAACUACGCCCAGAUCGAAAAGGAACUGUUGGCGAUCGUCUUCACGUGCGAGCGAUUUCACCAGUUUAUCUACGGAAAUGACAUAAUCGUGCACAGCGAUCACAAGCCACUCGAGGCGAUAAUGGCUAAACCAUUAUCUCAAGCACCUUGUCGCAUUCAACGCCUACUUAUCAGAUUACAGAAAUACAACAUCACUGUACGCUUUGUACCCGGAAAAGAAAUGUUUAUUGCGGAUACGCUGUCAAGGGCAUUUCUGAUUGAAGACACGGACGAACAACAGGAUCUCAAUGAGGACAUUGAGGUGUGUGUCCACAGUUUUGUCAAGGAAAUCCCGGCGACAACUGGCAGGCUCUUAGAGCUAAAACACGCAUCCGAAAAUGACGUGACCCUACAAGAGUUAGGAAAACAACUAAUAAAGGGAUGGCCCAACCACAAGAGAGAGGUCAAACCAAUCAUUGCACCUUACUGGACAAUUAGAGACGAACUUAGUGAGGCUGAAGGCCUACUUUUAAAGGGAAAUCAACUAAUUAUUCCUACAUCUAUGAGGGAAACGAUGUUAAACCUCAUUCACGAAAGCCAUCUCGGCAUAGAAAAAUGCAAAGCGCGUGCCAGAGCUAUUAUUUAUUGGCCUGGUAUGUCGCGUGACAUCUACGAAAAAGUCAGCAUAUGUAAAGUCUGCAUGGAACACCAGCAUAAGAACAUCAAAGAGCCAAUGCUACCACAUGAACGACCGGAACGACCCUGGCAAAAAGUUGGAUCUGACCUAAUGGAACUUAAGGGAAAGGACUAUUUAGUUGUAGUUGAUUACUACUCUAAAUUUAUUGAAGUUUGUCUAUUGCGUGACAAGACAGCCGCUACAGUAAAAUCAAACAUGAAAUCGAUCUUUGCAAGGCACGGAAUUCCUGAAGAACCCGUGGCAGACAACGUGCCAUACAACUCAAAGGAAUUUAAGAAUUUCGCCAAAGACUGGAACUUCAAACUUACAACAUGUAGUCCCCGAUUUCCACAGUCCAAUGGACGCAGCGAGAAGGCUGUACAGAUAAUAAAGCGCAUCCUGAAGAAAUCUGACGAUCCGUACAUUGCACUACUGGAGUAUCGCAACACCCCAGUAACAGGAAUGGGCUACUUUCCUGCUCAACUUCUUAUGUGCCGCACUACACGAUCUAAGCUUCCUGUCAACAAGGAAUUACUAGUUCCUAGUGUCCCCACUGGCGUUAGGGAAGAGCUAAAGGCAUGUCAAGACAAACAAGCCAAAUACUUCAAUAGAGGUGCAAAACCACUAGCACCCCUUACACCUAACGAGGGAGUGAGAGUCUAUGACAAGAAGAAAUGGAUACGAGCAACUGUCAAACAAGAAGCUGGAACUCCUCGCUCAUACAUCAUACAGACAGAGACAGGUCAGGAGCUAAGACGAAAUCGACGACACCUUCUUAAGACCAACGAACAAGCUCCCGAAGUAAAACCACCAGAACCAGAGCAGCCCGACUCUCCUACGGAACAACCAACGGCACCCAAAGAACAACCUACGGCACCCAAAGAACAACCCGAACUUCGCCGAUCAAACAGAUCUCGCAACGCACCUACUAGAUAUGGAUACGACGAAUAG